AUGGAGGGCGAUGUCCCCUCUACUGAGAACGCUAGGGUCGCCGUGGUCACCGGCGGCAACAAAGGGAUCGGGCUGGAGGUGUGCCGGCAGCUGGCCGGCAACGGCGCCACCGUCUUCUUAACAGCCAGGGACGAGGCGAGGGGCGUGGCGGCCGUGGAGAAGCUCAGAGACCUGGGGCUCUCCGAUGUCCUUUUCCAUCAACUGGACAUUACCGAUGCUCCGAGCAUUGCUCGACUUGCUGAGUUCCUCAAGACCCGUUUCGGGAAGCUAGACAUCCUGGUAAAUAAUGCCGCCGUUGGUGCUGUUGAGUACGUCCAAGAUCCUGUCAGUAGCUCAACAUCGAGCGACCAAAAGUUCAGUGGCAUGGAUGAGCUCCAGAGGCUUCAAUGGAUGUUUCAAAAUGUCCGCGAGACUUGCGAUUCUGCAAAUGAAGGCGUGCAGACGAACUACUACGGCACGAAGCAUGUAAUCCAAGCCUUACUGCCCCUGCUGAAAGCUUCCCCCGAUGGGAGAAUCAUCAACGUCUCCUCCGGGUUCGGGCUGCUACGGCUAUUCAACAAUGAGGAGCUGAAGCAGGAGCUGAACGACGUGGAGAAACUCACCGAGGAGAGGCUGGACGAGGUGCUGGCCGUGUUCCUGAGAGACUUUGAGGCUGGCGCGGUGGAGGCGCGCGGGUGGCCAAUUUAUUGCUCAGCGUACAAGGUGGCCAAGGCGGCCAUGAACGCCUACUCGAGAAUCCUAGCUAGGAGGCACCCCGAGCUACGCGUCAACUGCGCUCAUCCCGGCUACAUCAAGACCGACAUAACCAUGAACUCCGGGCCCCUGACGGCCGAGGAAGGCGCAAGCAACGUGGUGAAGGUGGCGCUGCUGCUGGAAGGCGGGCCGACCGGCACGUACUUUGCGUUGGGACAGGAAGCGCCGUUCGUGUGA